AUGCGUGUCUCUUCCGCUGCUGUCGUUGCCUCCCUGGCUGCCGGUGCCAUUGCCACCGAGUACAAGACCGUCGUCGUCACCGAGUACACCACCUUCUGCCCUAAGGCUACUUCCCUGGCUGCUGGCGGCGGUGCCGGUGCCAGUGCCGAGACCAGCCCUGCUGCUGCUCACCCUACCACUGUCACCAUUUCCGGUACCCCGUACACAUACUCCACUCCCCUGGUCACCUCUACCGUGACCCACUGUGACAAGUGCAGCUCUGCCACCGCCGCCCCUACCGCCUCCGCCUCCUCCCCCAGCGGUGCCGGUGCCAUCGGUACCGGUGCCUCUCCUAGCUCCGGCUCCGGUGCCGGCUCCGGUGCUUCCCCCAGUGAAGGUGCUUCUGGCUCCAGCUCUGGCUCCGGUGCUUCCCCUACCGAGGGCGCUGGCGCUGGUUCUAGCUCUGGUGCUUCCCCCAGUGGAGCCGCUGCUGUCGGUACCGGUGCCUCUCCUAGCUCCGGCUCCGGUGCCGGCUCCGGUGCUUCCCCCAGCGAAGGUGCUUCUGGCUCCAGCUCUGGCUCCAGCUCUGGCUCCGGUGCUUCCCCUACCGAGGGCGCUGGCGCUGGUUCUAGCUCUGGUGCUUCCCCCAGUGGAGCCGCUGCUGUCGGUACUGGCCCCUCCCCUAGCGAAGGUGCCUCUGGUUCCGGCUCCGGCUCCGGUGCUUCCCCCAGCGGUACUACCGCUGGUUCCGGUUCCGGCGCUGGUGCUGCUGGUGCCGCCGGUUCGUCUGUCCCCAGCGGAGCCGCUGCCAUCGGUUUCGGUGCCACCACCACUCCCAUCGUCACUUUCGCCACCCCCGCCCCCAGUGGCUUCCACUCUUCUCGCCCUCUGAUCUCCAGCAAGCCUGUCUCUUCCAAGCCGGUUUCCUCCAGCGCCCUCCCUGCCUCUAGCUCUGUCGCUAGCUCUUCCUCCAGCUCCACCAGCUCCGGCUCCAGCUCCAGCACCAGCACUGGUUCUUCCGGCACCUCCCCUGAGGGUGUCUCUGCCGCUGGCACUGGCUCCGCCACUACUCCCUCCGCCCCUGUUUACACUGGCGCUGCUUCCCGCGCCGCGGUCGGCGCUGGUGCUGGUUUGGCCUCGGUCUUCGCUCUCGUCGCUUUCCUCCUGUAA